AUGACUCACAGAUAUAUCCUCGAAAAAUUAACAGAGGAUUUAAUGAAAUGGAAGCAAUUACUCUUCGCAAUGUCAUUAGAACAACUAGAAACAAACUAUUUUGAAGUGUAUUAUAAUAAAGUUAUUACCAUGGUUUAA